CCCGUAUGUUCCUAUUUGUCAGUACGUACCCCGCGGGCCGGUGAAGGAUUUAGUGCCCAGGGAGGAGGACUAAAGAUGGCGAAGACUUACGACUACCUGUUCAAAUUGCUGCUGAUAGGGGAUAGCGGGGUGGGGAAGACCUGUUUGCUCUUCAGGUUCAGCGAAGACGCCUUUAACACCACAUUUAUUUCCACCAUAGGCAUUGACUUCAAGAUCCGAACUAUAGAAUUAGAUGGCAAGAAGAUAAAGCUUCAGAUUUGGGAUACAGCAGGACAGGAAAGAUUCCGUACAAUCACUACAGCAUAUUACAGAGGGGCAAUGGGCAUUAUGCUGGUUUAUGAUAUCACCAAUGAAAAAUCAUUUGACAACAUAAAAAAUUGGAUAAGAAACAUUGAAGAACACGCCUCCUCUGAUGUAGAAAGGAUGAUUCUGGGAAAUAAAUGUGACAUGAAUGACAAGAGACAAGUAUCAAGAGAAAAAGGAGAAAAGCUUGCUAUUGAUUAUGGGAUCAAGUUCCUUGAGACCAGUGCAAAGUCCAGUAUCAAUGUGGAGGAGGCUUUUUUCACACUGGCAAGAGACAUCAUGACAAAACUCAACAGAAAAAUGAAUGAAAGCAUCUCUCCGGGUGGAGGAGGUCCUGUAAAAAUAACUGAGAAGUCUUCUAAGAAAAGCAGCUUUUUCCGUUGUGUGUUGCUUUGAUGAACUUAAGCACAAGAGAGAGACAGACUGUGGCACACCUGAUCUAUCGGCUCCAUGCUUAGCACAGGUGUUGCAAAGGCCUCUUUGGGGAACUCCUGUUUGCUGGAAGUGCUAAAUAUGAGAGCGUUGUCCACAUUGGUUUCUGGAGUGGAAGUUUAUUAGAGAAGGGUGCACUUCAUAUUCCGUCCAUCUGAAACUCAACCAGAAAAAGUGAAAAAAUACUUUUUUGUAUGUCCUUAAAGGAUGUUUCCCUUCAAUAACUUUUUUUGCUUUUUUUUUUUUUGUUUACACUAUACCUCGUUACAGACUAAGCAUUGUUAGUGCAAAUAAGUAUUAUGCCUAUAAGUUGAGUCAUAAGCCAUGGGUGUCACUUUUGGGGGUAAACCUUUGGAUUAUUUUAAUUUGGUGACCAGCAGAGGAUGUAUUUCAAUUUGAGAGUAUCUGUAAAUUUAAUGUGAUAAUCUGCUGAAAGUUAGACAGUGCAUAACAGACAUUGGUAUUAACUUAUUGUUGAAAAUAUGGAGAAAGUAAAAUCAGGGUCCACUUAGUAGGGAGUGUAGCUUGUAACAGGUUUUUUAUUCUUCUGCACAAUAAUGUAUCAGGAAGAUGCAUUUUAUUAGGUAAUAUCAGUCUUUUCUUGGAGAAGUACCAUAUUAUAAAUUGAGUUACACUGGUAUGCGAAACUCUGAACUGGAUCCAUCUCUAUGCUUGGCUUAAUAUGAUACAAGAACAAUCUGAUUUAUAAAUAUAGCUGCAGUGCAAUUCACCCAAAAACUAGAAUGAGCAGUUCAAUUUAUAUUGUGUUUACAUACUAAGUAUUUUGCAGUGUUGUUGAACUGUGCAUUUGCUAGGGAAAUCUUGCUUUAACACAUAGCUUUGUUUUUUUCUGAACUAAUGUUAGGAAAUUGUGUUUCUCUGCUUUUGUAAGUUGACCUGAUGGCCUCAUGCCAUACAUUUGCACCACUGCUGACUAAAUCUUCCAUUGCCUGUACAAUAUAUUACCCAUACCAGGCGGCUACCCUGUUGCUCUCUCUUCAACUCUAGCAUAUACAUAUUUUAGGAAAUAUAGAAAGAAAGGGUUAUCAUAAAACAUGUUGGACUUUAAUCCCUUGGUUUUAUAUUUAUAUUUUUUAGUGAAUUUUAUGUAGUAAUGAGGCAGUUGUAUGGAUGUAGCCCUUUAAAGCUGUGAAAAUAGUGCUUCUUUUUUAGUUUGCCACUUAACUUCAUGUAGAGAAGUUAUUCACUACCACCCACAGAGAAGUACAUUAAAGUAUAUUCAUUAAUUGGAAAGUAUAGGGAAGUAAUUUACUCAGUUGCUUGAACUACACUUUUCUAAUGUUCAGAAUUCACCUGCAGAUGGUUAUAGGGUUAAGUGAACAGUUUGUUACCAUUUGGCUCUGAAGGUUUUCCCUUUAAACAUAUGGUUUAGGUGUUUUCUAUAUUUGUUUUAAUGUAUUUUUUAUGUUAUGUUCUACCACUUGUAGUUGUCUUCAGGGCCAGUCAGCUUUUAUUAUUUCCACUAUAAGCCCAAGACACCUAUUAGAUAUAAUACUGUAUGGAUCUAAUUUCUGUGAGAGUGAGCUUUUAAUGUCAGUUUCUCUGGUGGGCCAUAGGAGGAUCAGUCCAACACUGGUUGUCAUGAAAUGUGAAUGUCCUAAUGUAGGAGCUCUCCCCUCUGCCCUGCGUUAGACAUUACAUUACCUGCAGCAUACAUAUUUGCUCUUGAACAUUGUAUUUGGAAAUUGUCUAUGUCCUUAGUGUAUCAGAAUUGCACAUUAUAUAAAGCCUUAAAAGAGGUGACUAAAUUGAAUGCAGCUGAAAUGUAUAAUGCCAUUGCCAGCAUGCUUUGAUAGCUUUUUUGCUGAAUACAGUAAUCCCACCUUUUGCAUUGUCUUAAAGUAAUUAAUGAGUAUAGACUGGAGAUAAUUCUGCCACUGUAUGUAUUAAUACAUGGUUGGUAUCAGAAAUGACUGCAUGUUGCACUCACAUGUGGCAUAGAUUAUGGGACUGAGGCAGAAUUUUUAGUUCUACUGUAUCCCUUUCCCCAACAUAAAGCCAUUAAAAAUAUUUUUUUGGGGAGAGCAGCAGCUAAUGCACUGUAGUCUGAGAACUUUGUUGUAAAAGAUUCAAUAAUGGGAAUAAAUGUUAAAUCUUGGCACUUUCUACAGAAUAAGCAGAGUUUGUUUUUACCACUGGAUCAAGAUUAGGAAACGGUGUAGGGGGUUAAGAAUGAAUGUAAAUUCCCAGCACCAUUCUGUAAUGGAAUGAAAUGCAUUCAUGUUUAGUCCAUAUGUGGUGAUUCAGCCAGCAGAUUUACAUAUUGUGGUAAGUGCUUCUUGAUGCAACAGAGCUUGCACUGUAUAGAAGUCUCCCAUUCAUGCAUGAUAACAAAGUAUUUAACUUUAUUAUUUUAAUAUUGUUUAUAUAGUGUAUUGUUUUAUUUUAUAACUGUAAGCUAAAAUUGUUUGUUCGGUUUGCUUUUUUUUCUUGUUUGCGAAAAUUCCAAAUUUAAGUUUCGUCAUUGGAAUGAACUUUUUACCACUGCCUGCUUAUUUUUCUUUUUACAAUAGCAGUGGAGCAGUUUUAAAGGGAAAUGGACUUGAAUUUUGAGCCAUCUUUCAUUUUAAGGUUCUUGCAGAUGAGCAGUUAAACCAGUGUAGGCAUGCAGUGGCUAUUUGUGCAUUCCAGCCCAUGUGAGUGCAGGACUUCAUUGAUCUAUGGAUUUAUGGAACUGUACCGAUAGGAGCACGUGUAAACACCAAAUGCAGUUAAUGAAUGUCUAGUUUGAAGUAGUUUAGAGCAAAUUUCAGCUCAAGAUGCAUAGUCAUGCAUUUCAGAGCUGACAGCCACUCCUUGUGCCUGCACCUGGGCCAACACAGUGGCUCUGGUUGCAGACACAGAAGCUGAUUCAAGUGUAGGGGCAGAUUCUCGGCUUGUGAUUAUCCACAGGCUGAGAAUCCUCCACGUGAGCCAUAAGCCUAAGCAUUUACAUGUGCUCCCAUCAGUCAGUUGAGCAGUUAACUCCUGUGUUGCCAUGCAGCAGAACACACCUGAAUGAAGCAUAAAAUGCCAUUUGUAAGAGCCACAGGUGUACUUUCUACCAAUGACUGGCCUGGUGCCUUGAAAAUUAGCUGUAAACAUGCUUUUCUCUUAAAUGUAUAGACGUUUCAAUUCCAAAGAGGCAAAACUGCUGCAUGCCUAAUUUAAAACUGGCCAUACACGCACUGAUGAUAUCGUAUGAAACCUCAUUUCGUACAAUAUUCGGUGCGUGUAUGGCAAGUCGGCGAGGCAACCAAUAACGCAGAAGACUGUGGAAUAUCAGUUGACUCGCCGAUCGGCGGGUUAAAAGAUUUUCAUCAGGCUCCAUUGAAGGCGCCUCAGCAAAAUCUACCUUCAGGGCUGAAUCAGCAGAAGGAGGUAUAAAUCCUAUUGUUUGUACCUCCAUAUUUGACGAAUCAGCCCUGAACGUCUGUGAAGGGUGGAAACGAUAUUUCUGCGACUGAUGGUUGCACGAAAGAUCGAAAAUCGUGUGUGGCAACCUAAAGUUUAAAAGCUUUGAGUUUAUAAUGGACUUAAUUCCUAAUCCUGUCCGUAGAAUGAAAAAUUUUGAUUGCAGACUUUACUAAUUGGGAUUUUUAUUUUUACUUAAACCAAGAUGUCUUAUAGAGGGAAAAUUCAAAUGGCUUUCAAACUUGCUUUUGUGGCUCCAAAGCUGACAGGUUAUUUUUUUAAAAAAAGUAUAUGGUUUUGUUUUUAUUUGCUUUUAAAAUGUCAAUAUUGCACUUUCUGGUUUUGUUUGGUAUUCCCAUAUUCCACAACCAAUGGUGGUGAUGUCAAUUAAUCAUGUAAAUCAGUGUCUUUUUAUUAAAUACAUUUUCUGCGACCUGUGGCCCAGAUUAUUUCUUCAUAUAGUUCCUGUCUAGUUGAUAAAAUAGUAAAUAUGAGAAUAGAAAAUCACCAUUUUGUCUGGCUCUGCUGUUAUAUAAGUAACACCUCAAUCUCAUCUACUCAGCAGUGUAUUAUUGGUAAAUAAAUGAUACUUGUCAAAUGCCAAAGUUAUAUUGGAUUUUUCCUGUCUAUUCAAACCUUUACCUGUAACAACAGAUUUUUCAGGUUACAAUAAAACCUAAUUUUGUUCACAAUAUUUCAAAGCUGCAGUAUAGCUAGAAACAUUUAAUGACCCAAAACUGAAAAAUCACAUAUCGCUCUCUCCACCUUCCAGCUGACCUGUUUCCCAGCAAAGAAGCACAAGUGUAUAGCACAGAUCAUCCACUUCUGUUCCAGAACAAGGCUGUGUUCCUUCUAAGUUUAGUGUGCUCUUUUUCUUCUCUGCCUGACAAGUUUGUCGGAGAAGUCUACACUGUACCUUGUAUUUAUUUGUGUUUAUUGUUAUACUUUGUAUUUAUCUAUUAUCUUAAUAACCCCCUGUUUGUAUUAAUCUAUUCUACUGUACAGCACUGUGUACAUAAGUAGCGCUUUCUAAAUAAAGAUAUACAUACA